CACACUUAAUUGGGUCAAGUGAAACGGAGAGUGCAUGGAAAUGGAAUUGCAAUUCGCAGAGUGAAAGUAAGUUCGCUGCUCGAGUCUUUCGUUUUUUGUGUUCCGCGAGUCUUAUACGACUACUACAUACCGCCAGGUGUUGCCCAGAAUGGGAAGGGGCUUGGGUCCAGGUAUCUGAUUGUAUGGCAGUGCGUUCUGCCAUUCGGGAGUGGAGUGUAUUCGUGGCGUUGUCAGCGUUGCUGUCUCCUCCUGUUCCAGCAAAUGGGGACAGGCGGCCACGCCCGUGGAGCUGUCGCGGAUCUCCAGACGUUGCUUCUCAUUUGGCAGGAGGCCAGUGCCACUAAUCUUGGUCACAGUUCGCCUCAGGCUGGAUGCACUGGCUGUGGAGGCUGUGCCUCGCCAAGCACUCAUUGGAAGCUUGUUCAUUAUUAUAUUUUCGGUCUGGAUUUGUGCGUGUGUGCGUUCGGUUACAGCCAAAGCUAACUGAUUUAAAUUCAAAUCAGAUUUCCCUCGUUUUAUGCCUCGAUUUCCAAUUGUCUUGUGUUGACGUUGCUUUUGCGUUGACACACACCGACACACCGAUACACCAAUACACCGACACACUGGCGUGAAUGAAACUGGCUUCUAGCUCUUUGAGUCCGCUUGCAACAACUGAGCAUUCGUUCCACACUCAACGGCUGCCCGAUACAAACUAGCGGCAACAACGGUUCCAAUGAGCCACCAGACCCGGCCUCUUAGUAAACUUUUGAAAGAGAAAACAUUUCGUUGCUCUUUGGUUUCGUGCUUUCAGCAGUUCAAUGAGAAAUGGAAGAAGCCAAGCCACCGGACAGACACAAAUACCGUAACCAUUGGCGUAAAACUAAUCACUCUUAAAAAAGGCAACAUCAUUUUAAAUAUAUAUAGAGUUAUAUGUAGUACAAUUUCAUACUCACUUUUUAGAUACAAAUUGAUUUUGGAAUGUAAUCAACAUUAGCGUAUAGUUGGACUGUACAGUCACUUCUUAAUAUAUUUAAAAUGAUGUUGCCAUUUCUAAGUGUGAUUAGUUUUACGCCAAUGGUUGCGGUAUUUGUGUCUGUCCGGUGCCUUCUUGUGGCCGCAUCUGUUAUGCUUCUCAGCUCCAAACUGGGCGGCGAGGGUCGGAAGUCAAACUCUAGGUUUACCAACCUCAUGUGCGAGACAUAUAACGAGUCGUAUGGGCGGUUCUCGAAAUGCAAACUCAAUCUGCUCGCUAGGGGACGCGCUGGGGUCCACAUGCACUUGCAACUAUUCCAAUUGCCCAUCGAAAACGUGUGGAUAAAUUGGAGCAUGUAUCGGCGCUAUAAUGGCUUUCGUCCAUUCCUGUACAACAUCAGCUCGAAUUUCUGCAAGCUAAUGGAAAAUGUGAAUCAUAUUUCCUUCGAAGGGCUUGUCAUCAGAGCUAUAAUGACUCGAUCUAACUUAAAUCACACCUGUCCCUACAAUCACGACAUCGUAAUCGAUAAUCUGGAAUUUACAGACGAUUUGCUGAAAAAUUUGCCACUUCCCCAGGGAGACUAUAAGUUACAACUCCGGUUUGCCACGUAUAAAGUUUGGAGAGUUCAAGUGUCUGUGUUUUUCACGAGAGAUGAACCAUAACCGGAGCAGAAAGGUAUUGCGUUUUGCAGAUAAUCCUUUUUUAAUGAUGGGGAAACGUAUAGCAUUGCUAACAAUCCGAAUUUUCACAUACACUACUCUCCUGACACCUGAACUUUGUAUGGAUAUAAAUUAAAUGAAGAUUUUCGAAUGUUACAUACAUAUAUAUUAAUAUUUAAUUGUUACAUUAGCUACAGCUAUAUCAGUGGGCGGGGGUAACUGAUCGGAGGUUUAAAAAAAAAAAAAAAACUCAUUAGGUUUCCGUGAACGCAGCCGUAAUCGCCAUAAUAUAUGUUUUUAUCGGAUACAUUAUUCGGUUAUUCCUAUUGAGGAUAUCGAAAUCAUUGAG